UUUCGUGAGUGGACCGGAAGACUACGGAGACCACGCAAAAUGGCGGCUGAGGUGUCGGGUCGAGAGGAGUGUCCCCCUGUCCGUCACGCGCUAACUUAGCAAGACGCCGUGUCUACAUCCGAUACCUUCUCAAGACGCUGACAGAAUGGCCUGGGAACUUGGGCAUCGGGCCAGCCAGGUUACGUUCCAACGCUGCAUUCCCCAGCUACCGUUUUAAUAGCACACGCGAUCGGAGACAAGCAGCGACUGGGGUCACUUCACAGGGGAGGGCGAACCGUUCACACAGCUGCCGCCGCCGCAAUUUUCUUGUCGGAAAAUCCCCCAACACCCGGUUUUUACUGUCGUCGGCCACUUGAGAAGAUUGUAGGUGUGGUACCUGUCGUUAUUACGUGUUGUUUUUGAUGAUCCGACGUCUACGUGGGUGUGAAAUGGCGAACGGAAAGCGUCUCGACAUCAACGUGGCAACAGUGGAAGACUUGGAGCGACUGAAGGGAGUCGGUCGUGCCAAGGCUGAGGCCAUCAUCGAGGCAAGAGAGGUACAGGGAGGUUUUGACAACCUGGAAGCCCUGACUAGAGUCCCCGGUGUGGGAACCAGCAUACUGGAGCUGAACCGUGGGAGCCUCAUCUGCCACUCAGGAACCAGCCCCAGGAGAAGCCCCCAUAGAAUAUUCAGCAGGACGUUAGAACUGCGGGGACGGGAACUGACCAGACCCAGCACCAGUAGGGCCAUCUCUCCUCCGGCCGAGACAGAGCGGCCGGAGACCUCCUCAGCCAUGAGAACGCCGGAGAGGACGCCGCCGGUCAGCAAAACUGCACCACACAAAACGGAGUCCAGGCACAAGCCAUCAAGAAUUCCUGUACCAAAGGGGGUGUCAUCAUGCAUCAAGAACCUGAUGAAGCGGAAAUCUGAAUGUGGUCCCGACUUGCGAGGGCUGUCUCCAGGAAAGAAGCCAUGUCGAGUUGCAGAAAUACCAAGUUGCAGCUAUCCCAGUUUGCUGAAUAUCCAUGGAUCUGCGCACACGUUCGGCGAGGUCCGGGCGCCCAGUAGCACACAGGUGCCGCGGCGACGAAUCACAGGUGUGGAGCCGCCACCCAACCUGCAGGACUGGCUACAAACAUUCCAGAGCUGGAGCGGCCCUGAGCGGCUGCUGGCCCUGGACGAGCUGAUCGACAGAUGUGAGCCCACCCAGAUCAAACAUGUUAUGGCCGUCAUUGAACCGCAGUUCCAGAGGGACUUCAUCUCCCUACUGCCAAAGGAGCUGGCCCUGUAUGUCCUGUCCUUUCUGGACCCAAAAGACCUUCUCCAGGCAGCCCAGACGUGUAAAUACUGGCAGACGUUGGCGGAGGACACGCUCCUGUGGAGAGAGAAGUGCCGAGAGGCGGGCAUCGACAAGCCUCACUACGGAGGCAAGACGCCCAGGAGACGGUCGCCGUCGACCGUGGUCAGGAACCCGUGGAAGGGUGCGUACCUCAGGCAGCAGCAGAUUGACUUCAACUGGAGGGCAGGGGAGGUUAGAACGCCAAAGGUGCUAAAAGGACAUGAUGAUCAUGUGAUCACGUGCCUCCAGUUUGAGGGUCAUCGGGUGGUCAGUGGGUCCGAUGACAACACGCUGAAAGUCUGGUCUGUUCUGAACGGAAAGUGUUUAAAAACGUUGGUAGGGCACACAGGAGGGGUGUGGUGUUCACAGAUGAAGUACAACAUCGUGAUCAGUGGGUCCACGGACCGCACCCUCAAAGUGUGGAACGCAGACACAGGGCAGUGUAUCCACACGCUGUACGGACAUACCUCAACUGUCAGGUGUAUGCACCUGCACGAAAACCAGGUUGUGAGCGGUUCCAGAGACGCCACACUGCGGAUCUGGGAUGUAGAGUCGGGGGCGUGUCAGCACGUGUUGAUGGGGCACGUGGCGGCCGUGCGGUGCGUGCAGUACGACGGCAGACGGGUGGUGAGCGGCGCGUACGACUACAUGGUGAAGGUGUGGAACCCGGAGACUGAGGAGUGCCUCCACACACUGCAGGGACACACCAAUAGGGUCUACUCUUUACAGUUUGACGGCACACAUAUAGUGAGUGGUUCCCUGGACACGUCUAUACGCGUGUGGGACGUAGACUCGGGGAACUGUCUGCACACGCUGAUUGGCCACCAGUCCCUCACCAGCGGCAUGGAGCUGAGAGACAACAUCCUGGUGUCGGGGAACGCCGACUCCACGGUGAAAAUCUGGGACAUCACCACAGGGCAGUGUCUACAGACAUUACAAGGACCCAACAAGCACCAGAGUGCAGUAACCUGUUUGCAGUUCAACAAAAAGUUUGUGAUCACGAGUUCCGACGACGGAACUGUGAAAAUCUGGGACCUGAAGACGGGAGAGUUUGUGCGUAACCUGGUGACGUUAGACAGCGGAGGCAGCGGGGGUGUCGUGUGGAGAGUACGCUGCUCGAACACGAAACUGGUAUGUGCCGUCGGGAGCAGGAACGGGACGGAGGAAACGAAACUGUUAGUGUUGGACUUCGAUGUUCAAGAACAGGACCGAGAGAAGAGAGAAAAGGAGCGAGUGAUGUGACGAAGACUCCGCCGUGUCUGCGUGUCGUCCAGGGUCGCUACAGGCAGGGAAAGCAGGACAAGACGGGCAGUUUUCUUACUAAAAAAAUAACAGUUGUAUAGACGUUUAACAUACUGACAAUAUUGAGAAUGUUGAUUUGAUUCACUGCCAUGUUAGGUGUCCGAUUUUUUACUUCCUGUGCUAGAUCUGUUAUUUUAUAGUGAUAUAAACUAAUUGUUGUGUAUAGCAUACGGAAGAUGCAAUAAUGCAUAUUUUAUGCAGUACCAGUUGUUUUGUGGGACCCCCGCAAUCGUGCCAAGCAAUAAUCUCUCCCCAGUCCGGGUCUUGCUCUGUUUUCCCUGUGGCUAGCCUGGCCCUGCUGUAAAUAGACGGUGCUGUAACAAUGUCAGCCCACAGGGCUCUCUCCCACCAUUGUGUAUUUCUACCUCACGUUUUCUCCCUAUGCAUCUCCUCCCCUCACAAGCUGUUGCAUGUG